AUGCCUUUCCCAAGCGCGGGGAAAGAGUUCCAGGCAGAUGCCAAAUGUACAAACCAUCAUGAUAUUACUGUGGCUAUUUCUGAUACAAUGGGUCGAGCUCGAGAACUUUCAUCACUAUCAUCUCUUAAUAAUUGCCGCCGCGAAAGACGGCCAGAGAAUUGGACAUUGCAAUGUCUUUUGAUGGUAUUGAGAGUUCAAAAUUAUACAUUACGCGCAAAAAGUAAACAGGCGGUUGACUGCAUAUACAUAUCGCACAGUGACACCGUGGAAGACCUGGAAGAGGCGAUGAUGUUUGGAAAUGGCGUUGGAGUGCUGGCAGGUACAUUCGAUGGAUUUAACGAAGACAUGCAUUCGACGCAAGCCCUCACUGUCUCCUGCCUCGAUGGCAUAGCAGAAUAUUAUAAUGAAUGGGAUGAAAGGCGUAAACAAAAUUGUCCUAAGAGCACGAAACUAGUCACUAUACGAGGCGCGGACAAUAUUGUGGUCAUGGACAAUGGCCGCAUUUCUGAGCAAGGCACGCACAGGUCACUCUUGGAAUCAAAUGGUGCAUAUGCGCGGCUUGUGCAGGCUGAGGAUCUAUCCGCGGCCACGGGAGACUCUGAAAGUAUUUCAAAUAGCGCGGAAGAGACGAGCGAGGCAGAUCUACCUAAGCUUACUAGUAAAUCAACCCGGUACUCGACGCCGACAAAAGAGAUAUUGGACAAGCAGAAUAGGGCACCUUCACACGGUUUGGCGACUGGAUCAAUCCUCUCCGGAGUUAAAAUGGACUUAUAUGAUCCUGGUGCUGGGAUGUUUGGCAGCAGAAUCACAGCUGCUUCAUACCCUGGUCAAGCUAUCUUGAUGUCAAGGUUCAUUGACGUGUUUCAGCUCACCGGAACAAAGAUGCAGCAGAAAGGAAACUUCUUUGCCCUUACGUUUCUCGUACUAGGACUUGGCUCCCUUAUUGUCUACUUCGCUGUCGGAUGGUCAUCGAAUAUCGUGGCACAGCAAGACCUCGAAUUUUUUGGCCGUACCGAAAACACCACUGGUGCCCUGACGAGCCGAGCAGACUCUUAUCCACAGGCUGUGUUUGAGCUCAUGGGCUUCAAUGUUGCUCUGAUAUUGACUGCAACCAUGGGACUUCCGCCCAUGCUGGUGUCCGGCUAUGCUCGUAUCAGAAUGGAAGUUGCCAUGGACUACAAAAUAUCGAAAACAUUUUCAUUUUCUGCGAGUGCGUCAAUUGCUUCAGAAGCAGUAAAUGCCAUUAGAACAGUAUCCUCGUUGGCAAUCGGAACGUCAGUCUUGGGGCAAUACACGCAAGAGCUAGACGAUGCAAUUUCAGCUUCUACGAAGCCGCUGUUUCUUAUUAUGCUUCCUUUCGCAUUCACGCAGUGUUUAGUAUUGCUUCCUAGCAAGCUUCUGUGCUUUUCGGCUUCUCAAGCAGCAACAAACGCAGCCAACCACAUAUUCUGGCUCGAGCAGCUUCAACCCACUAUUCGCGAAAAUGCAGAAAAUCGUGACAUUGGCCCUGACAACUUCGACUCACUCGAUCUCGAAAAGAUUCAUUUCUCUUACCCAACGAGACCCCAUGCUCGCGUACUCCGUGGCAUUGACCUUCAUAUCAAAAAAGGCCAAUUCAUAGCUUUCGUCGGCGCAUCCGGCUGCGGAAAGGACACCAUGAUCGGCCUUCUCGAGCGUUUCUACGACCCCAUAUCCGGCCGCCUCACGAUCAGCGCCAGAAACUUAGACUCAAUGAACCCACGACUAUACCGAAACCAAGUAGCCCUCGUACAGCAAGAGCCCACGCUCUACCCCAGCACCAUCCGUGAAAACAUCUCCAUGGGGACGCCGCUGCCCAACCAACUGCCCGGAACUGGGACUGGAGAAAACACACCAUCAUUCCCCGACAGCGCCAUCGAAACCGCCUGCCGCGCUGCCAACGCACGGGACUUCAUCUCCUCCCUACCCGACGGGCUCCAAACACCAUGCGAGAACAAUGGGACGCAGCUCUCCGGUGGACAGCGGCAGCGCAUAGCGAUCGCGAGAACAUUACUACGGGACCCGCGCCUGCUACUAUUAGACGAAGCGACGAGUGCACUGGACACGCUGUCGGAGUGCAUUGUGCAGGAGACCCUGGAUGGGGCGGCUUCGCGGGGGGGUAGGAUUACGGUGGCGGUUGCACAUCGGUUGUCGACUGUUCGGAACGCGGAUCUUAUUUGUGUUUUUGGGGGUGGGAGGAUUGUGGAGGUUGGGAGUCAUGUGGAGGAAGGGAAGGCUUUAUCCGAUGAUGUGUGA